CCUCACGUGAAAUUGCAACCCCAGCCUCUCUCCUCACUCCCCCUUCAUCGUUUCUUUCUUCUUCCCGCAGCACAUCGACGCCAGCACCUCCUGACCUCCUCUCCUCAAAAUCAAUAGAUUUUGGUGGCUUUGUGAAGGAAAAGGCUGAAUUGGAGCAAAAGGCUGAUGCUUCUCGAGCUGAAGGAGAAAUUCCGUGGACUGAAGAUGACGGAGAAGCGGCGGCGGCCGCCUUGGACGACAUCCUUGAGCUUCGUAUGAUCGUUUAUGUAUUUGAUUUCAUUAGCUUAGCUUUGAACGUAAAUAAAUGUUUGUUCUUCACAGACAAUUCUCUGUAUUUGUAGUGUUUGUGUGCAGUGUAUACUAUUGUCUAUGUGUUUGUGAUGUGUAUAUAGUCGUGUCUGUGUUUAAAAUGUUUUAAAUUUACUCAUGUCUUUGUGUAAAUAAACUUCUAUUUGAAAUGUCUGUGUAAAUAUAGUUCUGUGUCUGUG